AUGUCGGCUCAUGGCGUCAUGCACUUUGAAGGCCGACCUCUAUCACCUCAGCAUAGAUUACAUUCCGAGUCUGACCUCCCAGCUCCCGGCGCCAAUUGGGUUGACGUGAAAGACGUCGCCCUUGCCCACGUUCGAGCUCUUACCGUCUCUGAAGCCGGAGGCAACAGAUUCAUUGUUGGCGCUGGUCCAUUUGCCGGACAAGACUACGUGGAUGUCUUGCACAAACGCUUCCCUGACCUGCCCAAUAUUCCAGUGGGCAAGCCUGGAACUCACGACGAGAUUGUCAAGGACUCCAACGUGUUCAAUGGAGCAAAGGCCACAAAGGUUCUGGGUGUUGAAUACAAGACAUUCGAGGAUACCGUUGUGGAGAUGGCGGAGAGUUUGCAGAAGAGAUUUGCAGACAAGUUUUGA